AUGCCGAAUGACAGCGAUGGCUCAGUCAACGGCAUCGAAAAUCCCAACGCCAAUCCGCAUCUCAUUUUUCCCGCUCACGUCCCGGAAGCACCGCGAAACGCUUCAAAUGAGCCCGUUACUCCUGAAAAUCACAGAAAACCCCCUAAACCUACUGAGUUGAUCAGUUUUUCCUUUCAUUCGAACAUUAAAUUUUGCAGACCAAAGAAAGAGGAAAUGUUUGGUUUGUACGAGAAAGAUGACGAGAAAAAUGACGAGAAAGCUUCAGAGUGAGUUUCCAGUUGAUCUCAUUGCCAAAUAAAGUUUUUGAAGUGAGGAGAACGGUUUCGGGAAGCCCGACUUCAACUUGAGAUGCGUUUCUUUGCCUCACGCCGGUUUCCACGCUCCUUCCACUGAGGUUUUUUUUAUUUUUAAAUCAUUAUGACUUCAAAGAUAGGUUUUCAGAGAAAAACUUUCAGAAUUUAAAAUAAACUCCAGUUAUUUCAGAAGCAUUCGGUGACGGCUCCAAAUAACUUGCAACAAUCUGGAGCGACCACGGAUCAGUUAAUUGAUACUUCACGACGGUUGUCCAUGGAUGAGGUAGUUCGUGAAAAAGUUUAAGAUAAAAUAGACAAAUUAAAAAAAGUUCAGUCAUUAUAAAACGUUGUGAAAUUUUUUUACUUCAUUUUAUGUUUGGAGAGUAGAAAUUUUUCUUAGCCCACAAAAAUCCUACAUAUUUUCAGGGAAACGCGAGUAAAAAAGUUACGGAUUACUACAAAAAACAGAACGAGCUUCUCGAAAACUUUAAAAACGACAGUGAGCAGAUCGAGGUGAUAAAAAUGGAGGAAAAUGUUCAUUUUUUUUUAUGAUUCAGGCGUUCAAAAAAACUCGCACGAGGCAACGGCUGAACUCCUCAAUUAGUGAAUUCGACAAGGAAAAGCUGAAACAGGCGGACGAACAGAAUGAACAGAAGGAGGUUGAUUGAUUAAAAAGAAUGUCUUUGUUUAAUCGGGUUUUCCGACAGCAGGACCCGGAGCCUGUGCAGCCAGUGGAGAAGGAGGUCCCAGUUACGAAAGAUGAGACGAUUGCCUGUCCAGAAGAUGUUCCGACAGAUCUCAAGGUCCUUUUUUUUCUUCAUUAGAAAUGACAUUUUCCCAGUUUCAGUUUGAGAAUUGUGAGAAACAAGCCUUGAUCUCCGCCCCUGAAACGGAUCGUCGUUCUUUGUCCGGAGUUUCCAGAGACUCCUUGAUGUGCGAUCUUUUCAGAGGAAAUUUCAAUUAAUGUCUUUCUAGGGCUCGACAUGAAGCACAGCUCAAAAGCGAAGAGAGAGCUUCCAAAGCGGCUUUGCGACUCACAAGAAUCACGCUUUUUGUGAACUUCCUGCUGAUGGUGGCCAAGGUAGGGAGAAAAUUAAAAGAAAAGUCGUUUAUAAUCCGAAAAAAAGAUGAAUUUCCAAAAAAAAAGGUGAAAAAGGAAAAUGCUUUAUUUUUUUCCAAUUUUGAGAAAUAUCUGAGCAUUUUCAUUCCGCAGAUAUGAUCAGGAAGUCUACAAAAUUUCAAAAUUAAAAGUGCAUUUUUGGGAAUGAAAUUCGAACGUCAUUCUUCCUUCUUUCUUCCUUUUGAAGAAGUGUUACCGAAAACUUGAAUUUAUUUCUCGAGGGAAAAAAAUUGCAUUUGAAGUUAAAUUAAAAGAGCUCAAAAAAGAAAAAAAAAUUCCUUUGAUCCUUGUAGGUGACGGCCUCGGUGCUCUCCGGCUCGAUGUCGAUUAUUUCGUCGAUGGUGGACUCCGUCGUCGAUCUCACCUCGGGUCUCGUUUUGUCGGUCUCGACGCGAAUGAUCCGCAAACGCGACCCGUACCUGUAUCCCCGCGGAAGAACUCGUCUCGAACCUCUCUCAUUGGUCAAUUUUUUGAAUCAAAUAUACUUUCAGUGGGAUUCGCCGCCUUCUUGACCCAGUCAUGAGAUAGAAAUGGAAAAAAAAAGCUGAAGAAAGCUGUGAAUUAAAUCCAAAAUAUAACGUGGAAACGAUUUCCUUGACCAAAAAUAGCUGUUAGGCUUGAGAAAUGCUUCAAAAAGUUGAAAUUUAAUUGUCAAUUUUAAAAUCUUUCCAACGUCUUUUUUCGGAUCUUUUUUGGUCGUACGACUUCUAAAUAAUAAUAUAGAUAUAACAAGAGAGAGAGAGUCUUCUUUAGCAAUUAUUAGUGGAAUGAAAUCGUGAACUUGAAAAGUCAGAUCAAAUAAUAAGCAAAAAAAAGAGUAAUUUGGAAUCAAAACCAUUACUACUCCAGUCGUAAUUAAAGCGAAAUAACAAAGUUCGAAUUACAGAUUCUGAUCAGUGUGAUCAUGGGAAUGGCCAGCAUCCAACUGAUCAUCAAUUCGGGGAGAAGAAUUCACGAGGCUUUUGUUUUUGACACCACAGGUUUUUGGAAACUCGAAAUAAAAAGCAAAACCGAUCUCAAUUUGAAGGCGACGGACAAAAGCCGAAAUUGGACGUCACUUGGGUUUCUGUCGCAAUCAUGGCUGUUACUAUUGUCGUCAAAAUCGUCUUGUACAUCAUUUGUCAAAAGUAUUCCAGUCAUUGAAUUGUUUUACCUGUUCCCGUGGACUCAGAUAUAAGAAAGACGCCUCGAUCGCCGUCCUUGCCUUGGAUCAUCGAAACGAUUGCAUCUCGAACACUGUCGCGUUGACUUGUGCUUGGCUUGGAACUAGGUUUGCGUACAUGUUUUGUGUGUUUAGAAUUUGACUUCAAAAAAUGGCUUGAGAUUUGAAGGCGCCAGGUAAAGCCAAAGCUGAAACUUUGCUACCACAAUGGCGAUUUUUCCUUUUCCGAAGAGUACUGUAUGUGAAAGACUUGGUGUGUGCUCUUGCGUGUUUGCACGUUUUGAAGGCCCCAUCUCUGUUUUUUUUUUUCUAAUUUUGCUCUUAAUUUCAUCGAAAUAGAUUUAAACUUAAGUAAAAUGUUGUACAUCAAUUAUUCUGUCUGACUUGUUUUACAAAAAAUAUAAAAAUUUUAAGAUAAGUAGGAGAAAACGCGUGGAAGACCACUGAAAAUCUGCAAACACGCUAAUUGCGGACUUUCUCAUACAGUACUCUCGCUCCUGUCUUUGCGACCCUGAAACUUCCCAUAUCGCGCCUUGAAACGAUAGUUUUUGGCUUUCCAUUGCGUCUUUAGACCAUCUACAUUUUUCGCAAAUGAAAAAUUUCUCUCUUAUACUUUUUUAUUCAGUCUUUCUUACUACAUGGAUCCGGUCGGCGCCAUCCUCGUCUCUCUCUACAUUUUGUACACUUGGGUGAACACUGGAAAAGAAUACAUCACGAAAUUGAGUGGAAAGUCGGCUGAGCCUGAAUUCAUCAAUAGAAUCAUCAAGGUUUCUGUUUUAUCGGAUUUGAUGAAUGAAACACUUCGUUGUUGAGGUUUGUAUUGAUCACGAUCCGCGAAUAUCUCAUCUCGAGACGGUUUACGUUUAUCACUACGGCACCAAGUUUUUGGUCGAGGUUUGUUUGAAAAAAAAACAUUUGAUAGAGAAAAAAGUCUCUUAUUUCUUGUUAUUUUUUCCAAUAAAUAAGCUAGGAAGUUUCAUUAAUGUUCAAUUUUUUUGGUGAGACCCGAAACGGCUGCGCGUUAUAAUAUCUUCAAUUAUAAAUUUAUUUCCAAUCACAAACUUUGAAGAAAUUUUAUUGAAAAACCUUAUCACAGCAUUGAAUUUUUCACAUUAACUUCUCAACCUUCUUACUGUUAUAACUCAUUGGAAUGUAUUAUUUUUAUUAAUUAUCCCUCCAUUAUUCAUUAAACUUUUUUUUUCACAUGCAGUAUCGUUUUUAAGAGGUGAAGCUUCCGACAGUCAGAGAGCUAUGUUUAAAUAUAAAGUUAAUAAAAUGUAUUCAAAGAGAAACAUUUUGAGGUGCACAUUGUUUUGGACGAGAAAAUGUAUCUGAGAGACGCCCACGACAUCAGCGAGGCCCUGCAAAUCAACAUCGAAAGUCUCCCGGAAGUGGAAAGAGCCUUCGUCCACACCGACUACGAGUUCAACCAUCAUCCAGAAGACGAACACAAACUUGUCUAG